UGGUUUUUCAAAGAGUACAAAGUUUGUAAUCCUUCUAAUCGGGAUGGUCUUACAACUUUUACUGGAUUCAAAAUAACCAGAAAGUACAAGAUCGAAGCUGUCAUGCCUACCUCGAUGCUAUUUAUGUCAAUAGCUCAUUGCAAUCAUGGAAAAGUUGACUACGAGAAAACGACGAGGAUGUCUUCAAAUCAUGAUAUCAAUUGGGACCAGCCCUUUUGUAUGAUCAAACCAGACUUAGGAACAAAAUUAAGAGAUUUACCCGAAGAUAUACCACAGAAUUUAGAUACCCGAGAGUUGGAGUUGCAAGGUAGCUUGAAUCUAACUCUGGAUAAUUUUAUUCCUAUAAAAAACUUUAUAAAUACUCUUGCUGAUAAAACAGUCCAGCUUUUUAUUGGAGGAAACCGAAAGCAUAUAAAUUAUUCGGGAUUGAAGGAAUCUAGUCAUUUAAACGACUUACAACUGUCGAGUAUCCAGUCUUCUUUGGAGUGGGAAUCUAGGAACUUGGUUUGUUAUAAAAUAGCCCGUCGUAGGAAGUAUGCUAAAAGAGAUAUUUUAUACUAUAUGCCUCAUACGUUUGUGGGUGCCCUUUUUGAAUGCCAGCUCUCUACCGAAGACAAGAGGUAUUUAUUCCAGAAUUUGUCAACUAUUGAUCUUUUCCAAUUUCAUAAUUUCGAUAUUAGGUGUGACCGCUCCUUGUCCCGAGCUUUGAAACCGUUGGUGGCUGAAGAUAGUACUAAGCAAUGGUUCGAAAGAAAGGAAACUUCUUUCAUCCAAACAAUCCCAUACUUGACGACGGCUACUCCUUAUAACUUGAGGUUCAAAUUAAGUGAUACGAAUGACAUGUUUCAACAUACAUGGGCAUCUGAUAUAGAUGUAAAUGAGGAAUACAAUUAUAAUGAGUUUGAGGUAAACUUAAUUUCUCAAGCGAUAGCCAAAAGUGCAAAUCAUGUCAAUAAGUUGUUG